AUGAAGGCUACUUUCUUCCUCGCCGCUGCUGGCCUCGUUGCCGCCCAGGACUUUGGUGGUCAACCCGAGUGUGCUCUCAAAUGUCUCCAGGAGAACAUCCCCAAGGCCGGCUGCAAGCUCGAGGACACCGCCUGCCAAUGCGCCUCCGAUUUCCAGGAGAAACUCCUCCCCAUCAUCACCCCUUGCUUGACCAAGGCCUGCGAGGCCCAAGACCUCCUCAAGGCUCAGUCCGCUGCCGCCGAGGCCUGCAAGGAGUUCGCUAAGACCGCCGGCUCCAGCAAGCCUACCGCUACCUCUGCUGCCACCUCUGGCGCCGUCACCGUCAGCAUCGACACCUCGGUCACAGGCUCCGCCAGCGUCCCUGCUAUCUUCUCCAGCAUCCCUGAGGAGUCUACUGUUGUCCCCGUUACUCCCCACCCCGGCAACGGAACCUCUACCAAGACUAACGGAGCUUCCACCCCUACUGGAACUUCUGGCUCUGGUUCAGGCAGCGAGAGCAGCGCCAGCAGUGUUCCUACCGGUAAUGCUGCUGCUGUUGCUGGCCCUGCCUUCGGUCUCCUCGCUGCCAUUGGUGCUGUCCUUGCUCUGUAA